CUCACCAUGGCUCGCUGGGAGAUCCUGUGCUUUGCCUUGUGCUCCUACCUCGGGGUAACAUGGGCUGCAACCCUGGGUGUGGUGCACACCGAGGGCGGUUUUGUGGAAGGCGAGAGUAAAAAACUGGGACUCUUUGGGGACUACAUCGACAUCUUCAGAGGCAUCCCCUUUGCUGCCCCUCCAAAGACUCUGGAAGACCCCCAACCUCAUCCUGGCUGGGAUGGAACACUGCAGGCAAAAAAAUUCAAAAAUCGCUGCAUGCAGAUGACGCUUACACAAACUGAUGUCCGCGGAAGCGAGGACUGUCUCUAUCUGAACAUCUGGAUUCCUCAAGGGAGGAGACAGGUCUCUACCAACAUGCCAGUGAUGAUCUGGAUCUACGGCGGCGCCUUCAUUGUAGGAGGGAGCCAGGGAGCCAACUUCCUUAAUAACUACCUCUAUGAUGGCGAGGAGAUCGCCGUGCGGGGCAACGUGAUUGUGGUGACCAUCAACUACCGCUUGGGGCCCCUGGGAUUCCUGAGCACCGGCGAUGCAAACUUGCCAGGGAACUACGGGCUGAAGGACCAGCACAUGGCUAUUGCCUGGGUGAAGAGGAAUAUCAAGGCCUUUGGGGGUGACCCAGAAAACAUCACCAUCUUUGGGGAAUCAGCUGGUGCCACCAGUGUCUCCCUGCAGACAUUGUCCCCAAAGAACAAGGGCCUGUUCAAGAGAGCCAUCAGCCAGAGCGGUGUCGGUCUCUGCAGCUGGGCCAUCCAGAGGAACCCACUCACCUGGGCUAAAAAGCUUGCGGAAAAAGUGGGCUGCCCCACAGACAACACCACUGCCUUGGCCAACUGCCUGCGCGUCUCCGACCCCAAAGCUGUGACGCUGGCCUACCACAUGCAGCUGACCCACCUGCCCGCUCCCCUAGUUCUCACAAUUGUCCUCGCUCCUGUCGUCGAUGGAGACUUCCUCCCAGACAUGCCAGAGAACCUCUUUGCCAACACUGCUGACAUUGACUACAUUGCUGGGGUCAAUAACAUGGAUGGACACAUCUUUGCUGGCAUUGAUUUACCUGCUAUCAACCGCCCAUUUGUGAAAAUCACUGCGGACGAGGUCUAUAAUUUGAUCAAAGGACUUACCGUGGACAGAGGUGAGCCUGGAGCCAAUGCGACAUACAAUCUCUACACGCAAGCGUGGGGCGACAACCCGGACCAGGAGGUCAUGAAGCAGACAGUGGUGGAACUGGCUACUGACUACAUCUUCCUUGUUCCCACACAGUGGGCACUGAAUCUGCAUGUGCAGAAUGCCCGGAAUAACUACGUGUUCUCCCAGCCAUCCCGAAUGCCCUUGUACCCAAGCUGGGUAGGGGCAGACCAUGCUGAUGACCUGCAGUACGUGUUUGGGAAACCCUUUGCCACCCCCCUGGGCUACCUGCCCAAGCACAGGACUGUCUCAGGUGCCAUGAUUGCUUACUGGACCAAUUUUGCCAGGACAGGUGAUCCCAACAAAGGGCAUUCAGAGGUUCCUGUUAACUGGCCACCCUACACCGCUGAAGGCGGUUACUACCUGGACAUCAACAGCAAGAUAAACCGGGACUCCGUGAAGCAGAAUCUGAAACACCGGUACGUGAACUUCUGGAACUCGGUAUAUCGGAGUCUGCCGCAGGUUGCCAACAUCUCCCUGACCGAGGAACUGCUGUGA